UCCACAGGAACACACACGGAGAACAUCCAGCACACAGGACUGCAUCAGCCUCGGCAUCUGCCAGCAAUAAAACCAUAAACAAGCAGAUAAAAUGACACAGAAAAAGGUCGCACCAACAGUCCAAACUGUUGAAGGAAACAUGCCUCCAAGCUACGAAGAGGCAAACGCAGGAUGUCCUGGUUACUGCUAUGGUGAAGGAACUUUUUCCUGGGAUGACAUGUACAUCAGACGUGUUUUCAUACGAAAGGUUUAUUCAAUUCUGAUGCUGCAGCUCUUCUCCACAGUAGCAGUUAUCGCUCUCUUCACAUUCUGUGCUCCAGUGAGGAUGUACAUUCAGACACAUCCUGUUUUAUACUCCAUGUCCAAUCUUCUGUUUCUUGUCACGUAUAUCUCAUUGGCUUGCUGCGGUGAUUUGAGGAGGCAGUUUCCAUGGAAUCUCAUUCUUCUUACAAUCUUUACUUUGAGCAUGGCUUGCAUGUUGGGUUUCAUCUCUAGUUUCUACAACACUAAGUCUGUAGUGCUGUGCAUUGGCAUCACUGCCACAGUGUGUCUGUGUGUCACCAUCUUCAGCUUUCAGAGCAAGAUUGACAUCACCUCUUUCCAAGGCCUUCUCUUCAUUCUGUGCAUGGUCAUGUUUUUCUGUGCUAUUAUCAUGGGAUUUGUGGUUCCCUUUGGCUAUGUCCCCUGGUUACAUGCGGUCUACGCCAGCGUAGGAGCUGUUGUCUUUACCAUGUUCCUGGCCUUUGAUACACAGCUGCUGAUCGGGAACAAGCAAUACGCAAUGAGUCCUGAAGAAUAUAUCUUUGCAACACUCAGUCUCUACCUGGAUAUUGUGUACUUGUUCACGUUCCUGCUGCAGUUGUUUGGUAACGGCAGAGAAUGAGCGUGUUUGUGCUGGAAUAAUGUCCGUCAUGUACAAUACUGAUCGCUAAUGUUUCAAACCUCGACAUGUGGCCUUUUAAAACCAACUCUGAAAGAAUGAUUCUCAGGGACUGAGAUGUGCACUUCAUGUGUUAAAAAAAAUCACAGGACUAAAUCCUUCUGAAUAUAUUUGGUUGCACCACAUUUGUUUAAAUAAAAAUAAAAUUGAAAAUACAAUUAAAAUUCUAAAUUCCCAUCCAAUCAUGAACUAUUGGCUUAAAAGGAGCUACUACAAUGAAGUAAGGUCUUUUAUGCAUAUGACAAAUGAUUUUAUCUAUAAUUGUGUCAAUAACAAUUUCCACUCAGCUGGCAGUUGAAAGUUCAGAAAGUUCAAAUGUGGAGUUUAUAUUAAGCUCUAUUAUUUUCAUACCAACAAUCUGUUUAUUUGUUAUAUAAAUGUAAUGCAGUCAUUGAGUGUGUUAAGAUAACGGAAUAUUCUCAAACUGUGUUAUAUGAAUAUAUGAUUAUCACAUUUUGCAAUACAAUAUUAUCAAUGUACUAUAGUAUUGUAACUUUUACACACAGGUUAUUCUGUAUUUUUAAUGUACUACAGCACUUCUGUUUACAACUUACGCCUGUCCUCAUAAAGGGAUUCAUAUUUCUGUCUAUGUAAAAGAAAUGCACAGAUAUUAAUGAUAGACAGAUAUAAACUGUUUACAAACUGAGGUGUGCAACACAUCAGACAUCAGGAACGCAUGACCCCACACAAUCCCUACCGUUUCUAGGUAGUUGGAUAAUGGCUGUGAUAAAGCUAGAAAAAAAGAGUAGAUAAGAAGAAGAAUGGAAAUAAUGAUGCAUGUCAGUAUGUAUAAUUGAAAUGAAUUUGUAGAUUGAUAAUAAUGCUUACGAAUAAUAAACACAGGAACCAUGCGA